GGAAAUAAGAACAGAAUGUAUUUGCUGCUGUGGUUGGGAUCACUGUCCUGUUUCAUAGGACUGACUUACAGAAGGUCUUACAGAGGAGUUCUUGGUAGACUCAGUGACUGUGAAGUGCACAGGUCCAAUGGCUGCAAAGCACGCCUAAAUCAAGUCCUCUCUACUACUGUGUUUGAAGGAGAAAUCGUACCCUCGUACAGUGACUGUAUUUACAGAAUGGAUUCAAUCAUUUCUGUAAUUGGAACCUAUGUUUCCUGGGAUCUCAAGAGUCUGCUGCUCUUCACUGCAGUUUUCAUCAUCACUGCAGACUAUAUUAAGAAUCGUCGGCCAGCAGGCUAUCCUCCAGGACCCCGGGGUCUACCAAUUAUGGGCAACCUAUUCACUAUAGAUCAGAACAGGGCCCAUGAGAGUAUGACACAGUUAGCAGAGACAUAUGGAAAUGUGUACAGUCUCCGGAUGGGACAGGAAUGGAUGGUGGUUUUAAACGGGUUUGAUAUUCUGAAAGAAGCUCUAGUGACGCAGGGAGACAGCCUGGCGGACCGCCCAGACCUUCCUUUUCAGACUGAUAUAGCACAUGGAUUAGGUGUCAUUACCAGUAGUGGAAACCUCUGGAAGCAGCAGAGACGCUUUGCACUUUCAACCCUUAGACAGUUUGGAUUUGGCAAGAAGUCACUUGAAUCUGUCAUCCUGGAUGAAUUUACAUAUUGUGCAAAAAACAUCAGAAGCUAUAAAGGUAAGCCAUUCAAUCCACACCUCAUCCUUAACAAUGCUGUCUCCAACAUCAUCUGCUCCCUGGUGUUCGGCCAUCGCUUUGAGUACGGUGAGGAGAAGUUCAUUAAAAUGAUGCAACUGUUUGACAAAGCGCUCCAGAUUGAAGGCUCCGUUUGGGCACAGCUUUAUAAUUCAUUUCCUGUCCUGAUGAGACGUUUACCAGGUCCGCAUCAGACUGGCAAGCAGAUGUGGAAUGAAGUGUUAGAUUUCAUACGAGUAGAGCUAAAUGAGCACAAGAAGACCUGGGAUCCCUCAGAAACACGUGACUACAUUGAUUGUUACCUCAGUGAGAUUCAAAUGAAUAAGGGGCAGGACAACAGCACUUUUGAUGAGGAAAAUCUGGUUAUUUGUGUUUUGGAUCUUUUCGUGGCUGGAUCUGAAACCACAUCCACCACCCUGCGCUGGGCUUUCCUCUACAUGGCAAAAUAUCCUGAGAUUCAGGAAAAGGUACAGGCUGAGAUAGACAGAGAGAUUGGAGAGUCCAGACAGCCAUCAAUGGAGGACCGUGCAAACCUGCCUUACACUGAUGCUGUUAUCCAUGAGAUCCAGAGGAUUUCAAACAUAGCUCCUCUUAGCGUGCCGCAUGUCACCAACAGAGAUGUCGAGCUGGGGGGAUACGCAGUCCCAAAGGGAGUUAUAGUAAUUGCCAAUUUGACAUCUGUGCUGUUCGACAAGAAAGAGUGGGAGACGCCUCACACCUUCAAUCCAAAUCACUUUCUGAAUGAGGAGGGCAAGUUUGUGAAACGAGCAGCUUUUCUGCCUUUCUCUCUUGGUAAGCGGGUGUGUCUUGGAGAGAGCCUGGCCAAGAUGGAGCUUUUCCUCUUCUUCACCUCCUUCAUGCAGCACUUCACAUUCUCCAUGCCUGCCGGGGUGAAGCCUGAUAUGGACUACCGCUUUGGGCUCACUCUGACACCGAAGAAUUAUGAAAUCUGCAUAACCCCACGUCAUUAGAAACUCUGAUAUAGUUCAGAGUUUCGAGAAUAUGAGAAGUUUAAUAGUUGAUCGCAUGUUUGAUCUGAAUUUCACUACACAUCAGUGAAAUUUCUCUGCUUUCUUUAAUAAUAAGUGCAUUAUUUCCUUUAAUUAUUUUUGUUAGUUACAUCAACAUCAUUGUCUCCAUACCUUCUUUGUUUUUGGUCCAUUUUUUAUGUCAGUCCUUUUUUCUUUACCCUUUUCUUUCUGCUGGACUUAGAUAUAUAUUAUGCAGCUGAGGAGAGGACAAACAGGUAGUCUGGGUGUCCUUUAAUGGCCUAAAAGCAAAACCAGGAAAGAAAAAGUACACUAUAAUAAAACCUCAUCUACACAUGAGGAAACACAGAAGCGCUAAAAAUCCAGAAUUUGAAAGUUUCAACAAGCACCAAAACUAUAAAUAUUAAAUAGGAACCAAAUUGGCAGCUAAAUAGGGCAGCAUGCACAGUGGUUAGCACUGUUGCCUCACAGCAAGAAGCCACUGAGUUCAAAUCCACCAUCUGAGUUUGCAUGUUCUCACAGUCUUUGUGUGGGUUCUGUCCAGGAGCUCCUGCUUCCUCUCACAGGCCAAAGACAUGCAGUUAGUGGGGUUAGGUGAACUGGUGAUUCUAAAUUGUCCAUAGGUUUUCAAGACUCUGUCAAACAGUCUUUAUGUGUGUAUUACUACUGUCGUACAUACUGAGAAAAAUGAGAACAUGUUUGGCAUUAGGUCAUUUGAAGUUUGGCUAUUUCUUUUAUCUGAUGAGAUUGCACUUCAAAUCAGUCACACCCAGUAGCAA